CUUACUUUCCCUCUCUUCAUAAAUCUCACCUUCCCUCUCCACCUAAUUUCUCACACUCACCUUAACAAUGCUCAUUCUCCAUCUCAUAACCUUCCUCCUCCUCUCCCCGCCUCCAUCCGCCCUUUCCGCCACCUCCUCCGGCCAUGCAAUCCCCUUUCCCCACUACGAACACCUCAACGUCAAGCAAUCAAUCGCCUCCACCACCCUCCACCCCCUUUCCUCCGACUCCGACUCCAAAACCAAUAAUACCACCGUCAAACUCCACCUCCUCCACCGCGACAAGCUCCCCUACCACCGCCACAAGGACCACCGCCGCCGCUUCCUCGCCCGCAUGCAACGAGACUCCCUCCGCGUCGCCGCCGUCCUCAGCCGCACCUCGGUCGCCGCAGACAUCGGCGCGGAGGUGGUCUCCGGCAUGGAGCAGGGCAGCGGCGAGUACUUCGUGCGGAUCGGUGUAGGGAGCCCGGCCAGGAGUCAGUACAUGGUGAUUGACUCCGGUAGCGACAUCGUGUGGGUCCAAUGCCAGCCAUGCAGCCAGUGUUACCACCAAUCCGACCCGGUAUUCGACCCGGCCGAGUCCGCCUCCUUUUCCGGCGUCUCAUGCAGCUCCACCGUCUGCGACCGGGUCGAGAAUUCGGGUUGCCACGGCGGCCGCUGCAAAUACGAGGUCUCCUACGGAGACGGCUCCUACACCAAGGGCACUUUAGCCUUAGAGACUCUGACCGUCGGCCACACCACCGUCCAAAACGUGGCAAUCGGGUGCGGCCACAUGAAUCGGGGCAUGUUUGUCGGGGCGGCCGGGUUACUCGGGUUGGGCGGGGGAUCCAUGUCGCUGGUGGGCCAACUGGGAGCCCAGACGGGUCAAGCCUUUAGCUACUGCCUAGUGAGCCGGGGUACGGCCUCCUCCGGCUCACUGGAGUUCGGGCGCUCCGUCCUGCCCGUGGGGGCCGCCUGGGUUCCGCUUUUGCAGAACCUGCGUGCCCCCAGUUUUUACUACAUUGGUCUCUCCGGCCUUGGGGUCGGCGGCACCAGGGUGCCCGUCUCCGAGGAUGCCUUCAAGCUCUCCGAAUCCGGCGACGGCGGGGUGGUCAUGGACACUGGCACCGCCGUCACCCGUCUUCCCUCCGCCGCCUACGCUUCCUUCCGGGACGCCUUCUUAGCGGAGACCGCAAACCUGCCCCGGGCCGCCGCUGUCUCCAUUUUCGACACGUGUUAUGACCUAAACGGCUUUGUGACGGUUCGGGUCCCCACCGUUUCCUUCUUCUUGUCGGGCGGCCCGAUCCUCACUUUGCCCGCCCGAAACUUUCUGAUUCCGGUGGAUGAACGGGGCACCUUCUGUUUCGCAUUCGCCCCCUCCCCGUCGGAUCUUUCUAUAAUAGGAAAUAUUCAGCAAGAAGGCAUCCAAAUCUCUUUUAACGGAGCAAAUGGAUAUGUUGGGUUUGGCCCCAACGUUUGCUGACUGGAAUUAAUUUUGGAUGUUUAAACUGUAAAAUAAUACUACUCCUACUAGUUUAUUGUUUCUUUCUUUUUGUUGGAAAGAUCACUUUAGGUGUCCCAAGUAUAUUGGGAAAAGAAAGUGUGGAGUCUCAAGAAUAUUGGAAAGAGUCACUUUAGAGUUUCAAGGAAUAUAACAUUAAUAGUGUUAUAGUUCCAAUUGUUUAGUUCCUAGGUACAUUACUUCUCUAGUCCUAUAAAUAGGGAUGUACUAUGUAUCAACAAAAUAAUUCAAAUCAAUCAAAAUGUAGUUUUCAAGA